CAUUCAUUUUAAAUGCUCAUUCUACAAAUAUACACUAUCCUUGAAUUUAGCUAAAUGCUUGCUACCAACGUCUAAAACAAUAUUUCCCCAAUUAUCGAUAUCUCAAAUUCGGUAGUUUUACUUUUUUAAUAGAAUAGCAAGAGUUGAUCGUUCACAAGUUUUCACCAGACUAAUUACCAUAGUAUAUUUCUAAGAUACACAUUCACGUUGCCCAUUUGUAGCUCGUUUUGUUUCGGUAAAUUAAACUUUCGUAAUGUGCGACACCUUGUGGGGCGCCCUAAUACGUCAGUGGUGGUUAUUAGUGUGUUAGACGGUAACGAUUACGUUUUCAAUCUGGUUCGCUUUUUCAGUUGUACCAGAAGGUGAUCGGUGGUUUUACGAAACGCCCCACCACAAUAAUGUUUUACUUAAGUAUGCUACACUCGUAUUGAGCCAGCUUAGUCCGUCGCGCUUAUUCAAAUCUCGCACGACUGAGAAAAAACUUGACUACCGAAAAAUCGAGUUGGUACAUAAUGAUUAUUGGCUGGUUAGCAGUGGUACUGAUUAAUUUUCAGUUCAAUAGUUUUUGAAUUACUCGGUAGAUGUCAGUUUGUUCCGUGAACUCAAAAGAAUGGGGUUCAUUUAAAUAUAAAUAACAAAUUUUUUCAUAGGAAUAUUCAACAAAUAAGAACGUAGAUGUUCAUUAUUGGCCUAACUCGUCUUUCUGACCGUAAACCGUGAAAUAAUUAUCAGUGACUCGUAACAUAAUUAUCCAUCGAAAGAAAAUAAGGAAACAUGGAGCUCCUAUUGUCCAUGCUGCCAUUGCUAUAUACUAAACUUCUGAUUAAUCGUACGGAAACAAUAAUUUUGAUCCUUCAUAGGAUAUUGAAGUUCCUGCUGGUUUUGAUUUCCUGCAUAGUAACGCCAUUUGCAAAAUUACAGUUCUUCAAGAAACGAAAGAAGCUAUCAGCGAUCAAAAGUUAUUUGCUAUUAUCAUCAGCUAGUGAAAUCGCGCGAAAGAUUCGCAGAAGAGAGAUAAGCAGCGAAGAAGUGGUAAGGGCAUAUGUGGACAGAUGCAUAGAUGUGAAUCCUAUAAUAAACGCCAUCGUCGAUUCGCGAUUCGAUCUUGCUAUUCAAGAGGCGUGCGAAGUCGACGAAUAUUUAGCAUGUACCACAAAAACCGAAAAGGAACUGGCUCGCGAAUUGCCUCUUCUAGGUGUUCCCAUCACUGUGAAGGGAAGUAUUGCGGUUAAAGGAAUGUCUUAUACUAGCGGCUUGAAAAAAAGUGCUCAAUGCAAAGCAACUAAAGACGCAGUAGUUGUCAAUACAGUACGCAACGCAGGCGCUAUUAUUCUUUUGGUAAGCAAUAUUCCUGAAUUAUGUCUGUUCUGGGAGACAAGUAACCAAAUCAUUGGUUCCACUUGGAAUCCUUAUGACAACAGGAAAAUAGCCGGUGGUUCUUCAGGUGGCGAGGCAGCACUAGUAGCCUCCGCUGCUUCGGUCAUAAGCAUCUCUUCGGAUGUCGCGGGCUCUGUGAGAUUUCCGGCCCUGUUCUGUGGGGUUUUCGGCCACAAACCCACAUCCCGUUUGGUGCCAAUCGAGGGUCACAAACCAAAUGGUAAUGAUAUAAUUUGGACGAAUUCCUUUGUCAUCGGACCAAUAGUCAGAUAUGCUGAGGAUCUGUCCCUCAUGAUGAAGAUUAUAUCUCAGUCGGAAGAAAUUCGCAGCCGUUUCGAUGAAAAGGUGUCCAUAAAAAAUUUGAAAUUCUUUUACAUGGAAGACUACUGUACGGUAUUGGAUUCCAUAGACAAUGAUGUGAGGCAAGCGAUCAAGGGAGUAAGGGAGCACAUUGAGACAACGUAUGGCCUUCAAGUACAAAAGGCAUAUUUGAGCGACAUGAAAUUCUCCUUUGAUAUAGCUACACACUCUUUGUUAGAAAUGGACGUUCCUGAAAUCGAAAGUAGCAUCAAACAUUCGGGGUCGAGUAAAAUUCUACUUGAGUUAUUGAAAUGCAUUUUCCUCGUGUCACCAUAUAUGCUUCCAACGAUUAUAUAUAGUAUUUUAAAAUUGAUCUUUAGUAAAUUUCCAGAGAAAAUUAAAAAGAAGGUAAAAGAAAAGCAGAUCUCUCUAAAGAAACAAUUUGAGGAUCUUCUAGGUGACAACGGUAUAUUAAUCUGCCCAACAUUUACAUCAGCAAGCUAUUACUCAUAUCAAACAUACAGUAAGUUUGCUAACUGUACACACCUGAUGAUAUACAACGUAUUGGGAUUACCUGCGACUCAUUGUUCAAUGGGGCUCAACAAAAGUGGUUUACCUAUCGGAGUUCAAGUUGUUGCAAAUGCUGGCAACGAUCAUCUUACCAUCGCCGUGGCCCAGGAAAUCGAGAGAGCCUUCGGCGGCUGGCAGCAACCGCUUAUGACAAAAUUAGAUGUUUAACAUCUUCUAAGUUACAUAAUGGGAUCUUGGACAAUAGCUGUGUAUCGAAAUUCAUGAAUCCGUAUCUUGAACCAUGCGUCUUUGUUCAGUGUCAACAAAUUACUACACAAUUGUGCUCCCACGCCAUUACGCGACACACAAACGCGAUACUUCUGUGACUGUCAAUGUUUUAUGAAUAUUUACCAAACAAAUUAGGAUGUAGGUAUUAGGCUUUCUAGGCAAGAAAGAAAUUUUGUAGUUUCAUGCUACUGUAAUUCGUUUCAUUGAAGUAUUCAUAAAGUUGCACGUAAUCGUAGUCAAGAUAGUAUUACUAAAGCAUAGGAGAGAGUGAAGGGUACUACUAGAGUUUAGCAGCGGGAUGUAUCUUACAUACGGAGAAAUCGAAUGUGAAGUUGGCACAAGAUAAAACCAAAUUCUUAAAUAUAGAAACGUUUAUUUUUAGUUUAGUAUAAACUUCAAAGAUGGGUAAUAGUUAGGAAAAGAAAAUGAUUUAGUAUUAAUUGUACAUACUGUGCGUUAUAGUGAUCCGAUUCGACUACCAUUAUUGUCAAUGUUGUAUAUUGACAAUUGUAAAAUAAUCGUUCCACGUUAUCUGU